AUGCUUCAUAAAGGCUAUUUUUUGUUCCCCCAAAACUAUAAAAAAAAGUCGAUCCUCCGAAGUACCAUCACAUUAAGUGACAUAGACAACAACCUUUUAUCCAUAAAUGAUUUGUCUACUAAAGGCUUUUCAGCUUUAAAUCAAAGUAUUAAAUUGUGGGAACAAACAUUAAAACUAAAGUCUGUAGAGGAUGAUAAGUUCCACGAUAACAUCAAACUGUUACUAGUAAACGCUUACAAGCUACGUGAACAGUAUGAAGCCCUAUUCUUGAACGACUAUCAGUCCAUGCGCUCAGUUUAUGGAUCCAUUAUCACUUCUACGGAUGAUUCAUUUGUGUCAGCCGAAGACGAAGUCGCAGACUUGGAUGAGUUUAAUGAUGUUUUUGAGAGUGAGACUUUACAGUUUUAUAGACAGAAUCAAGAGUUGUUGUUAGAAAAAGGGAUUCCUUAUCGAAGUUUACGCACAGAGUUUGUACGAUGCAGUUCUGAUAACGAGUAUCUUGUUAAAUUACAUUGUAUUCGAUUAGCAUUCCAGUAUAUACUUAAAGAUGCAACAAAACGGUUGUGGGUUAUUGAAACGAUGCAAGAGAUUUUGGCGAAUUUAUUAGUAUUCGGAGGAAAAGAUCCUGAAAGGUUUUUAGCAAGUUAUGAAGACAUGAUUAAGUUUGUUGAAGACACGAGUAAUCAUGAGUUGAUUGAAGAAGAACUUGCUGUACGUAAUGUUAAAAUGAUUACUUUCUACGACGUAGCUUUAGAUUAUAUCCUGCUGGAUGCUUUUGAGGAUCUAGAAAAACCACCAUCCUCAGUAGUCUCGGUGGUGCAAAACCGUUGGCUUUCAAACGGCAUCAAAGAAUCAGCCUUAACCACCGCCGUAUGGUCCGUUAUAAAAGCUAAACGUUGCAUGUUAAAGUACUCAGAUGGUUUUCGGUCACGUUUUUACAAUUUAUCAGAACAAAUAAUCCCCUUCAUGGCUUGGGGCUUCUUGGGACCUGAUGAAAAACUGAAGACCAUGUGCCAGUAUUUCAAAGAUGAAAUGUACACAUUUUUUAUUGAUAUUUAUGAUUUUAAUAAAUGCAGAUACACAACUAUGGAGGAUUUAUCACAAGAUGUGUUCAGGAUGUUUGAGACACGAGCGAAUAAUAUUAGUAAAAUGUUGAAAGUGUAA